GAUGCAGGAAGAUCAUUGGGAGACGAAAUGAAAAUGAAGCACUUGCACAGUUUCAAUUUUGAAUUUUCAAAAUGGAAACACGAGUCCGGUUGUGAAACAUCAAAAGACAUGAAGAUGAACAGUUGAACACGUUUGUUCGACUUUAAAGUAAUAUUGUUGAGAAAAUGUCGUUUCAAGCCCCUCCACAGCCGAAUAUGGUCCCUCCUGUUGUGCAAGGGAACCUGAUGCCUGGUUUUAUUCCUCCACCUCCAAUACCACCUGUCUUCACUGGCUUUCCACCGUCAUCUCAAAACCAACAAGGUGGUCCAGGAUUUUCUAAUAACUCUGCUCAGAAUAACCAAAACAGACUUCAACCACAUUAUGCAAAAAAAGCAAGUGAAUAUUAUGAUAAAAAGACUUUUCAACAGAAUUUCAAACCUCCCAAUGGGAAAGCACCAACAGUUACAGUUUUUGUUGGUAACAUAACUGAACAUGCAAGCGAUGCUCUCAUUAGACAACUAUUAAUGAAAUGUGGUAUUGUUAUUAAUUGGAAGCGGGUUCAAGGGGCUGAUGGUAAACUACAAGCUUUCGGCUUCUGUGAGUAUGUUGAUCCUGAAACUGGACUUCGAGCCAUUCGCUUGCUUCAUGAUUUGUCAUUUGGAGAGAAAAAUUUAGUGGUAAAAGUUGACCAAAAGACAAAAGAAAUGCUUGAGGAAUAUAAAAAGACAAAAGCAGGAACAGAAAAUGAAGAAGUCAAACAGGAUGAUGAUGAGCUAGAUGAGGCUACAAAGAGUCAAGAUGUUGAAGUGAAAAAUGCCAUUACUGCAUUGUUAAAUGAAAACUCAGAUGUCCUUUCAGGAAAUUCAAAGUGGAGGCAAACACAUAGUGGCAGUGAGGAGAACUUGGAAGGUUUGGGAAUGGACAAGGAGAGAAAACAUUUGAUAUCAAAAGAGAUUCGAUCCUUUAGAGAUACAUACAAGGACUCACAAAAACAGCAAAAGGAUGAAAAAGACGAGGACCGUGGAAAGGAGCGCGAUAAAGCACGGCCGCGCAGUCCUGAUACUGAGUCUCGAAGUAGAAGUUUAGAACGAGGCAAAGAUCGCUCUGAUGACCGCAGUAGAAGUCGAAGCAAGGAGCGUGAUAGAGAUAGAGAUCGAGAUCGGGAGCAUAGAGAACGCGACAGAGAGAGACGAGAUCGUGAUAAAAGGGAUAGGGAACCUGAACGAAGAGACGACAGAAGAGAUCGCGAUAUCCGGGAUGGUAGAGGAUCUUCAAGGUCAGCUAGGGAUAGAGAAAUAGAUGAGGAUGAUUCGUAUGAAAAAAGAAAACGGGAAAGACGGCAGAAGGAACGAACACAAGCGUAUUUAGAGCGUCUGAAAGCUUGGGAGGCUAGAGAAAGGAAAAAAGCAAGAGAAUAUGAUCGCGAAAUUGAGAAAGAAAGAGAAAUUGAAAACGAACAAUCUAAAGAAAAGAAACAUUUACUGGAGUUUCUUGAAGAUUACGAUGAUGAUCAAGAUGAUCCGAAAUAUUACAGAGGCAGUUCAUUUGACCGACGUUUGCAGUCUCGUCUUCAAGAGAUGGAAACAGACGAUAAAGAUAGACAACGCGAAUUAGAAGAGAUCGAAGAAAUCAGAAAAAGACUGGGGGAUAAGGCAUUGGCUGUAGAACCACAAGAGGAACCCAUGCAGCAAGAUUCAGAAUCUGAACCAGAAGCGGAGCCUGAACCGGAGCCAACAAGACCGACACUACAGGCGACCUUUAAACCAACUGUGGCUCCAGUGGUGGAAAGAUCUUCUCGGAGUCCUUCACCUGUAAAACAGCAUGACACACAAAAGUCGUUCUCCACAGUCAACAACCAACAACUUCAGCAACAUUCUUUACAACAACAAAUACAACAACCACAAAAAACGAUGCAACUGCAACAUCAAACACAGGAAAGCGAAGUGGACGCAACGAACGAAACUCCUUCACAAAAGAAAACUUUUGUUCUUGAAAUGAAAACAAAAGGACCAGUAGCCUCCGACAGGAAAAAACUGGAAGCAGUCUUUAACAAUGAAGAGGAUUCACUUUCUGCCUUGGCGCCAAAGCGUAAACUUGUCCCUCUAGAUUAUUCUGAAGAAGAAAAAAAUGCAGUCGCCACAGCAAAGAGUGCAGAAGAGAAAAAGAAAAGUAUAAAGACUCUAAUAGAAAGAAUUCCAACGGCAAAAAAUGAACUUUUUGCAUAUUCACUUGAUUGGGAAUGUGUGGACCAGAGUUUGAUUGAUCGUCGAAUUCGUCCUUGGGUAAAUAAAAAGAUUGUUGAAUAUAUUGGAGAAGAAGAGCCAAGUCUUGUCGAAUUCAUGUGUUCCAAACUCCUUGCAAGAAGUCCACCGAAUAUUCUUAAAGAUGUUUCAAUGGUUCUUGAUGAUGAAGCUGAAGUGUUUGUUGUGAAAAUGUGGAGACUGCUUAUUUAUGAAACAGAGGCAAAAAAAAUUGGAUUAGUUAAGUAGAAAUGACAACAUCUUUGUAAUCAUGACUAUAUAAGUUGCCACACACUUUUAUUGUUUAUCUGCUCGUUUUUGUUUGCCUUAACAACCCUUGAAUCAUGUUUUGUGAAAACGUACUCUGGUAUGGCCUAUCCAUUUCAAUUGGACAUCACAGUAACUUGAAGUCAAUGUUUUGCAAAUAUAAUGACACAUGUGGAAGAAUUUUCAAGUGGAAAUUGGCAAUUAAGCAUACAAAAAUGGUUUUCAAUCAAUUCAUGUCCAUAUGUUAUUUAAGCAAAAUUUCAUACUAAGUAAAAGAGAAGAACUAAUUACAGACUGUUUGAAACGUUUAGGUCAUGUAAUUUUGGUGAACUUUGGUUUGAGUUUAGUUCGUAUUUUAACCUCCAUUAUAACCUGAACCAAACAAUAUGCAACAGCAAAAAACCAGAAUAUGUUCCAAGAUGAACCUGCAAAGCAAGUAAUGAUAAUUCAAAUUAUAAUGGUAAAUUAUA